CCAAUAAUGAGUUCUCUUCUACUGUAAUGCUCUCGUUGGCCAUACAAUAAAUUGGAAGGGAAUUGCUUCCAGUCAAGCUCUUGUGGUAUGGUAGAGAUUUCAUCUUGAGAUUUCGAUAACUCGAGGAAAUUGGAUGGUGAUUUAAAAGAAUUUCUUUUGGGUGGACCAAUUGCGCCAAAUAUGUGGCACAAAAUUGAGUGACGACAUCAUAUGAGGUAAAGAAAUGAUGUUUGUGUAGCUGUGGGCAAAAACAUCUCGAAAUGGCGGCAAAAUCCUAUGUUGGUGUUGAAGCAUUGGAAACAUUAAAAAAGAAGUUGAUGGAAAAUUUCUCUCUCACAAAUACAUAAGUAGGACACCAAAUGCGGAGAAAUAUCGCCAACAAAGAAGGAAAGACUGAGGUGAAAUACAAGAGAGAAGAAAAUAUCCAACAAAGUGAUUUUGUGUGUUGGUUUACCCAGCGACAGAGCAUUCGGCUCCAACUCGGGAUCUUGGCUUCCAACAACAACAGCCCGGGCUGAUGAUCUCUUCCGUGGCAGCGCGGUGAGACAGUCUACCAGAUUGAGUCGGUGGAAGAGGCCUUCGUACGUUGUAUGUUGUGUGAAUAUCUCAGAAUCCGGACCCAACAGUGCUUUGCCCCAAAGUGUAGAAAGUGACCAAAUGAUCCAAGAUCUCUGACACAGAUUUUUAACCAGUAGCCCAAAAGUGCCCAAGAGAUUCGUGCAAAAGGGAUUUGUUGUGUUUGGUUUUGUGUUGAAAGCGCGGGAAAGUGCAUUUGGCGCCAGAACGACCUGUUGCUCCUCAGAGACUGAUUGGAAAGACUGAAGAUGUUGUGACAUGGGACUUUAGAAGACAUAGAUAACUAAUUUAUCGAACUCCUCAGCACGACAGCGAAUCAGUUUAGGAGGAAAAGAAGCAGACAAUCAACCAUUGUUUUCAACAGAGAAAGCGAUCGAUGAUGGAGUAGAACGACAUGCACGUGGGUGCAGCGUCAUCUUCAACGAAUAUGGUGGUGGCUGGAGUGUGGCCAGGAGGAACACCAUCCGCAACCAUGCUGGGUGGGCCGAGAUUAUCGACAGAUCAUCCGAUAACCGUUCAACAGCAAUCGCAGCGAGAUUCAAUGGGCUAUGGAGCCUCCAAGGGUCUCCUCAAUGGACCAGGGCAGAAUAAUUGCUUCCUCAACUGUGCAGUUCAGGUUCUCUGGCACCUUGACACUUUUCGGCGAUCUUUCCGACAAUUGACAAAUCACGUCUGCGGGGGCCAGGAUUGCCUCUUCUGUGCUCUUAAGGAGCUCUUUUCGCAGCUGCAGACAUCUUCAGAGCCUGCACUAUGUCCAGAACCACUGAGACGUGCUCUGGCCAGUGGACCACUGGCCGGAAGGCGUUUUCCACUGGGAUGCCUGGGUGAUGCAGCCGAAUGCUUUGAGUUGUUGCUGCACCGUGUUCACUCUCACCUGUCCCAUGAGGACAGUGAUGCCUGUGAGACACCAGCAUGUGUGGCACAUCGACGCUUUGCCAUGAGAGUUGUGGAGCAGAGUGUGUGCGAAUGUGGUGCAAAUUCAGAACAAUUGCCAUUCACACAGAUGGUACAUUAUGUAUCGGCCUCUGCUCUGACAUCGCAGAGUAUUCUGCUCGAUCGACAAUCCAUGACUUUUGGACAACUGCUGAGAAGUGCCGGAAAUAUGGGAGACAUAAGAGAUUGCCCGAAUGCCUGUGGCGCCAAAAUUGGAAUCUGUCGAGCUCUCCUUAAUCGUCCAGACGUCGUCUCAAUUGGCGUUGUCUGGGAUUCUGAGCGUCCGCCAGCAGAUCAAGUGCAUUCUGUCCUCAAGUCCAUUGGCACGAGCCUGAGACUUUGCGAUGUCUUUCAUCAAGUGUCAGACAGUCGCUGGGCACAGAGUGUGGACCAUGAAUUGGUAGGAGUAGUGACUUACUACGGUAAGCACUACACUACCUUCUUCUUUCACACAAAACUGAGGGUUUGGGUGUACUUUGAUGAUGCCAAUGUGAAGGAGGUUGGUCCUCAUUGGGAUGGUGUGGUGGAUAAAUGCUGUAGGGGUCGAUAUCAACCCUUGCUACUGCUCUAUGCCACACCACAGCCUCAGGCAAUGCCACAGCAAAUGGUGGGAACUGUUCAGGAGGUCAUGACACAGCCACCAAAUGUGCCAUCUCUUAGGCGAGCUGUGACUCCGUCUCCGGAAAAGGAGAAACCACCUGUGGGGAAUACAAGGCGCGCCAUAACACCCACACCGGUUCGUGGUGGAGCUGCCACAACAGAUUACCAGAAUCUCAGUGUGAUUCAGAGUCAUUUGGCACCCAAGCAGGAUUCUGUUGAGUACAAUCGGGCUAAAUCCUUUGAAUCACCUACAGUGCAGUACCAGAAUCUCAAUGUGAUUCAAGAGAAAAUCUUCAAGAGCAUGAAUUCACUCAAUGGCAAUGGUCCAAUUGACUAUUCAACAAUGGGAACCCUCGAGAAGAAGGACACCUACGCCAAUCGCUGGGAAAAUACACAAACACUAAGAAAACAACAAUUCCCCCGUGCUGUCAAUGGUGAAGCUCCAACAAUGCCUCCUGCACAGCAACACUAUCCUCAACAUCCGCCAAAUGAUGGUCUCUCCAUGCCUGAUCAUCUCAAUCAGCCACGUCGAAGGGAUUCUGGGAAUUGGAGUGGAGACAGAAAUAGUGCAUCUUCUUCAUCUUCCACAACCCUUGAGAAUCCCUAUUUGUAUCUUGUCGGCAAGAGGAAUGUCAAUGUCCCACCGAGUCCAACACGCAAUGGCAUUCACUAUGACGCCGGAUACGAUUCCUAUUCACUCUCUUCGACAGAUUCCUACCCACCCAAAACACACAAUCCACAACUCGCCAAGAUUCCUGAAAGUGUUGUGCUCUCAGGAGACUGUGAAAGGCUCUGCAUGGAAGCAGAUCAACUACUAGAGAAAUCUAGAUUGACUGAGGAUGCCCAUGAUUUUGAAACAGCCCUGGUACUGUGCAAUGCAGCCGCUGGGAAAGCCAGAGCUGCCAUGGAUGCUCCCUACAGCAAUCCUCAUACAAUGACAUUUGCCCGGAUGAAGCAUAAUACAUGUGUAAUGCGUGCCAGAAGUCUCCACAGAAGAAUUUUGAUAGAAAAAGGAAGUGAGGCCAUUGUGAAGGAACCACAGCAACUUCAAAUUCCAACAACGGAUUUGCGACAUUCCCGGGAUGGCAGUAAUUCUAGCCUUAGACAAAUGCGUCAGAGCAAUAAGGAGAAGAUUUUCAGCCUGGGUAAGCAUCUGAUGAGUGGAACUGGGAAUUCUGGGAGUAAAGACAUGGAGAAGGGGACAAAGAGCAUCGAGAUCUAUGCGACGCUGCCGAAACAGAAGAAGAAUGUGCUGAAAUUCGUGGAUACUGAUGAUAUUAUCAGUGUGGAAACUGUGAAGCAGGAACGUGAGAGUAGAAGUUUGUUUGGACGAGGAAGACGUGGGGAGGACAAAGAAAAGAGAAGUCGUAGUGAGGAUCGCAAUAAAAUUGCCAGGGAAUUUUCCAUAGCUGAACCACUCCUGGCAAAUGCAAAGGACACCCUGAAGAAGCACAAGGAAGAGAAGGAGGACAAAAAGGAAAAAGACAAGUCCAAUAAGAAGCAGCACAAAAUCAGAAGGAAGUUACUCAUGGGAGGACUUAUCAGGAGGAAAAAUCGCUCAAUGCCUGACCUGACAGAAGGCAAUGAUGAUCAGCAAAAGACUCCGCCUGAGGGCAAUGUUAAGCCCACAAUUGUCUCCCAUGAUGACACAUCUUUGAUGGUCAAUAAGAUGAAUCCCAAUAAUAUCAGUGGAUACCUUUCUGAAGGGCAUUUGGAGUAUCAAGCUCCCUAUGUUUCCAUUGCCAAUCCCAAUUUGGAGCGUAGCAAGUUGAUGAGAAAGAGUUUCCACACUAGCAAUCGCCAAUUGACUGCUGCUAAAGUGCCUCCUCCUCCGCCACUAAGGAAGAGUUCUUCCUUGACCCAGGCACAGCCAUCGGAACUCACAACUGAAAACAUUCAGGCUAUUCAACCUUUCCAUCAGGCAAAUCCCAGUAACAUCUCAACCAUGAGCUCCAACACUAGCAUGAGUGAGGAUUCCUGUCAGACAGUUAUUACCACUUGUGCUGUGGUGCAUCAGGAACAAAGUCCUCCUAUGAAGACGAUUGAGGACAAUCAUGGAAGUAACCUUGAACUUCCUCCAUAUCCCAGUCCUCCGUCAUCUUCGUGCCAUUCACGGCAAGCAAGUGAAGAAUUCCCUCCGCCUCCGCCGUCUAUUGACAUGGAACCCUUGAAUGAGCAACUGAAUCAGCUGCAUAUGCUGGAAUCUCAGCGGAAUGGGUUCAUGGAAGGAUCAGAAAACAAAGGGUAUUCAAUGGCUAACAGCAAAUCCUUGAAUUGGCUCAAGGAUAUGCAGCAGAAGAGUUUACAGAAGGGAAAACCUCUCAAUGGCUUCCAUCAGAAUGCUCCUGGACAUGUCAGAAGUGUCAAGGAUCUGGCAUCGAGAUUUGAGCAACAAACAACUGUUUCCAGGCCUCAAAUGCGUCAGUAUUCAUCACAAGAACUUCUCAAUGAAUCAUCAGUGGACACAGCAGAAACUAUGUCCAUCUCCUCGCAAUCUUCCUGCUCAACUGUGGCCAGGAAUCAAAUGAUGCCUGACAAGAUCAAUGAGAUCUCCGUGGAUGUUGUGGAUUGUCCGAUGAUUACGAAGCUGAAGCAGAGUGAAGUGGGAAAUUUGGCUGGUGAUCUGCAAAAGGUGCGAUUUGACGUGGCACAGAGUCAGAUUGCCGAGGAAUUAAGGGAAGUGGAGAUGCUGAAUGCUGUUGUUCAGCAAACUCUCAAUGGUGGCAGCAAUCAGGUUGCUGCUGCUGCUGCGAAACGACCAAAGAAAAAGAGUGUUUCAUUCUGUGAUCAUGUCAUUCUUGUUGCCACGGCAGAUGAGGAAGAGGAUGACAGUUUUAUUCCCAAUCCCAUUUUGGAGAGGGUUCUCAGGACAGCCAUAAAUGGCAGUGGUCCCAGUCAGGGAACUGACGUUGUGGACACUAGAGUGAUACAGAGGGUGGAACUCAAGGAGGAGAAACGUCCUGAGAGUCCGGCACAGGGAAUAGAUGUACCUGAUAGCUUUGGAUCGCAAUUGCAUCAGAAUGUGCCACAGGAGAUGCCAGGACCACUGAAUCUCAGCACUCCUAAGCCUGAUAUCAAGAACUACUACUCCAUGGAUGCCCAGAGGGCGGCUCAGAUGAAGCAGCAACUGCAGAAUAUGCACAAUUUCCAGAAUAUGGCCACGACGACGCAGGAGAUGCAGAGGCAGUUGCAGCUGCAACAGGAGGAGAAUCAAAAGUUCUCAGCGAUGCUGAUGCAAGAAACCAAGAGAAUGGAUAGAUUUUCCGUACCACCAGGCACGGGGAAUCAUGUGCAGUACACAGGAAGUCCUCAAAUGGGUAUCCGGAGUCAGUAUCCGGGCAUGCAAAAUGGGUAUCCGAGCGGGAAGAUGAUUAGCCCGACUGGAAAUGCCUUUGAAACUAUGACACAUCCUGCAUCACCCUACAUGCACGUCCCUCUGUCUCCUCAGCAACCUCAGGCACCGAUGAAUUUCCCACAAAAUGGACAGCAGAUUCAUCCGGCAAUGCAGCAGAGGCUAAUGCAUCCUCCCAGUGGAUACAUGAUGCCUCUCAGGGGCAAUCACAAUUCAGCAAUUUAUCAAAAACCUCCACUUCCCUCACCCAAUUUCCAAGCUCCUCCCCCGGCAAUGCCAGGGCCACCAACUAGCCAAUACACAACAUAUCCGUACCAGAGUGUCCCGAUAUGCAAUAUGUCUCAAGAGCAACAACCCCCAAUGUCCCAGGCUCAUCUCUAUUCUCAGCCACCUGUCAAACAAUUCGCUCAACAGCCCAAGAAAGUGAGCUUUGAGCCAGGGACAAAGGCUGGAAAUGACAAACCCUACUCCCUGUCACCCCAAAUGAGCCCCGUGGGGGACUAUGUUCCAGGAACUGUGCCUCAGAGGGUCGCCAUUUCGACCUACAACAGCACAGCCAUCGUUAAAGCCUCAGCGAAGGCUAUUCAGUGCAACCUCUGCCGCAAGAAGCAUGUUAUUGCUCCGGCAAUGUACUGUGCUGACUGUGAUUCCUACAUGUCGCGCUUCCAGCCCAGGCGGUAGGAUACGCACCCGGCCAUACACUGAGAAAAAUGCGAAAAAGUAAAAAAAAACAUUCCGGAAAUGUUAAUUUUACCCUGCAGUAUUGAUCCGAAAUCGGUGUAAAUAUUACCCUUUUUAGGUGUAUUGGGGGUUAAAGUUACCCUUUUUCAUGUUAAUUUUACCCUUAAAAAGGUGUAAAAUUAACAUUAAAAAAUGUUGAUAUAUUUUUACACCUAAAAAAUGGUUAAAUUUCUGAGGAAAAAAAAGUUAAUAGCACCCCCAUUUUUUUCUUAGUGUUGGCUGGCCAAUUGUGUGUACAAAAUUGUACAUAGACCAUACUUAGUGCUCUAAGGUCGUAGAUUUUAAGUUGAGACAAGAGUUCAAAUUAACGCUAGAGAUUUUAAUUGUAUAGAUUUUGCAGCAUUAUUAGUGACAAUUUUUGCAUUUUUUUCUUGCAUUUAAUUGUGAUAUAAAAUUUUUGUAUUGAUGUACUCCAGUGAAUAAGAUAAAAAUUGUAAAUGUAAGGUAAUUAAUCCAUCCAACAAUCCAUUCCAUUUUUUUUGAGAUUUUUUUUAAGAGAAUAAAAAUAUUUUUAAAGAAUUUUAAAU